UGCGGAUGUGAGUUGCAUAUUGAUACGGAACAGGCCGCCACUUUAGCAAUGUGUGCUUAGGCAAUGAUCAUUUUUGUGGAGCUAUGAAUCCAGAGGAGCAGACUGUAACGUGGUUAAUAUCGCUAGGAGUGCUCAGCUCGCCUAAGAAGAAUAUAGCGGACCCGGAGGAGUUUCUGAAAACCUCGCUGAAGGAUGGGGUCGUCCUGUGCAAGCUCGCCGAGCGGCUCGUACCUGGCUUCACGCCCAAGUAUUGCCAGGAUCCGAGAACCGAAGCCGACUGCAUCGCCAACGUCAGGGAGUUUUUACGAGGAUGCACGUCCUUGAAAGUGGAGGGGUUUGAACCAGAGUGGCUGUACACUGGUGAGAAUUUUGGCAAAGUACUGACCACCUUGCUUGCAGUCAACUUUGCCACACAAGACUGUGCUGCUGAGAGGUCAUGUCCGCAGUCCGGUGCCCCCUCUCCUAGUCAGUCGACAUCUUCACACACGCUCUCCUCUGCCAAAUCCAAAGGCUCUCUGCGCAGACAAUCCAAAUCAGUGGAGAUGUCUGAGAACGGUGGAGGUGGGCAGCUGAUGGUGAAGGCCCGCUUCAACUUCAAACAGAACAACGAGGAUGAGCUGUCAUUCAGUAAAGGCGAAGUGAUUCUCGUGACGCGGCAGGAGGAGGGAGGAUGGUGGGAGGGCACGCUCAAUGGCAAGACAGGCUGGUUCCCCAGUAACUACGUGCGAGAAGUCAAACCCUGCGAGAAGCCAGUGUCUCCAAAAGGAACUCAGCUGACCAAGAACUACUACAGUGUGGUGGUACAGGACAUUGUGGAACAUGAGCGGGAGUUUGUCAAAGAAUUACAAACCGUGCUGAGUUGUUACCUACGACCCUUGCAAGCCAGCGACAAGCUGAGCAGUGGUGACAGUGCCACCUUGUGUGGAAACCUGGAGGAGAUCCUCACCUUCCAGCAGGGACUAUGUUUGGCUUUGGAGGACUGUACCAAAGUCCCGGAGGGCCAGCAGCGAGUGGCGGGCUGCUAUUUAAACCUGAUGUGUCAGAUCAAGACUCUGUACCUGGCUUACUGUUCAAGCCACCCUUCAGCCGUCUGCAUCCUCACUGACCACAGUGAUGAACUAGACAAGUUCAUGGAGAGCCAGGGAGCAAGUGCUCCAGGGAUCCUGACCCUGACCUCCAGUCUCAGUAAGCCCUUCAUGAGGCUUGACAAGUACCCGACCCUGCUGCAGGAGCUGGAGAGACAUGUGGAGGAAGCCCACCCGGACUACCCUGACAUUGUAAAAGCAACAGCAGCAUUUAGGAGCCUAGUGACGCAGUGCCAGGAACUGCGGAAGCGCAAGAACCUGGAGCUCCAGAUCUUGUCAGAACCAGUGCGGGCCUGGGAGGGAGACAGCAUGAAGAGCCUGGGUCACGUAGCCUACAUGUCCCAGGUCCACCUGAAAAAUGGGUCCAGUGAGGAAAAAGAGGAGCGCUAUUUAAUGCUUUUCCCUAAUGUGUUGGUAAUGCUUUCCGCCAGUCCCCGGAUGAGUGGCUUUAUUUAUCAGGGAAGACUCCCGCUGACAGGCACCACAGUAACAAGACAUGCGGAGGAUGCAGACAGUGCCCACUAUGCCUUUGACAUCACAGGAAGCAUGAUUGAUCGUAUUACAGUCUUCUGCAGUAGUUCGCAGGAGUUGCAGGAGUGGCUGGAGCACCUUCAGCCAUAUACCAAAGGAGGCAGUCCUGCAGGCACCAUCUCAAAGACUGUAGAAGGAAAGCCACUGAGCAUGGUCGGGACCCCUACUCACCUGUCCCACCUGGGCAGCCUCAGCGCCAUCAGUCGUGGCCCCCUGGAACCACCAAAGAUCAGCAAGCCCUGGUCUCUCAGCUGCCUUCGCCCCGCACCUCCCCUCAAACCCUCCGCUGCACUGGGCUACAAAGAGAGGAUGUCUUAUAUCAUGAAGGACUCCAGCAAGAGCCCGCGGCCCAUGAAGAAGUUCCUGCCGGGCAACAGGAAGAAAGAGCGCAAGCCCUCUGAUGAUGAGGUUCAAAUGAGGAAAAGCACGGCCGCUCUGGAGGAGGACGCUCAGAUACUGAGGGUGAUUGAGGCGUACUGCACAGGAGCCAGCCUGCACCAGACCACCGCAGCGGUGCGGAAAGAGUGCAUCCCUCAGGUGCUCCUGCCAGAGGAAGAGAAGAUCAUUGUGGAGGAGAUGAAGAGCAACGGGCAGACAGUUAUUGAGGAAAAGAGCCUGGUUGAUGCGGUGUAUGCUUUAAAGGAUGAGGUUCAUGAACUGAAAAAGGAGAAUAAGUGGAUGAAGCAGUUUCUGGAGGAGGAGCAGAAGUCUCGCAAAGAGCUGGAGAGAGUGGUCCGAAAACUGGCCAAGCAGAAGAAUGAUUGCGCUUGGGAUGACGGCGGCCACUGAGCACAUCCCUGCAAUCAUCUGCGUCCUAGUGUGGCUGUGCGUGUAUGGGUGCAUUUAUGUAAGCAUGCUUACAGAUGGACAGGAAGGGUCGGGUGUGCACGUGUAUUUGUGUAUCUGUCUACAGUACGUUGCGUCCCUAUAUUUCAGACACACACAGCACCGUUGGACUCCCUCACUGACGAUGAUACUAGGAGUUUCCUCGCUUCAAGUGUUGGAGCUUGAUUUGAAAUUAUGAUGAAAUCUUAUCUGUCUUCCGGAUCCAGCCUCAUUAGGUGAGACUACAAAUAUGCUUCGUCCUGAAGCAGCUCAGCUAAAUCGAGACUGAUUACAAAUGGGAUGCUUCAAACAUACUUCCUCUCGGCUGCUAGCACUGUGAACACUCCCCAGCAAACAGAACAAUUUUGGACAAGGACACAACAAGUUCUUCGCUGCUCCUUUUGCGUCAGUUGGCGGUAGAAAAGGAGUACGAAGCAAUCAAGUCCAAUAGGUGUUCUCUCGCAUGCACUUCUGUUACAAAGGGGACGGAUUUUCUUCUCUUCGCAUCAUGACGUUUUUUGUCAUUCAUAUUUUAUUUGUCCCGAGGACCGCCGGUGGGGAAAUAGAUUUAUUGAGCUUUCCUGAGAAUGUGUGAUUGGCAUUUUUGUAACAUUCUGAACAUUCACUUCGCAAGUUUCAAGGCUGUUUUUUUUUGUAGGCGUUUAAGCAAGUCAAAGCAGGUUAGCUUCAUUGUCUUACAUGCAGUUGUUUCCAAAUGCAGCCCACGACUGUUUAUUUAAAACUGCAUGAAUGUACAGUGUUUCUACAGGACGAAUUCUGCAUCAGAAAUUUGAUAAUCAAGAUAUCCAGAUAUAUAGUCCAAAGCUAUCAGGGAUACAGCUGCAUAAUAAAAUAUAAAAAGCUUAUCUAUGUAUCAUUUAUUAAACAAGAGUAUGCAAAUAAUGACCGUGAUGUCAACCCUACUCUUCUUACUAAAAUAUAUUCAGUUAUCAUUUUACCAUAUUAAUUACUUAGCCCAGCUUUAUUUUGGAUUUUUAAAAAGUAUUCCUUAUUUAUUGUUCACCCAAGCAUUUAAUUGUGGAGUUAGCCUUAUAGAUAUAGUUUUGCUGCCUUUACAUUGGUCUGGAAUUUUAUUAAACUACACCGAUGUGUAAAGGCAGAAAAAAUAUCCUCGUAUAGGGAAAAUAGACAUUUUUCACCACAUAAGAGGGGAAAAUGACUUUAAUAGUGAGGCCGACUUGACAAUUCAGAGGUUUUUGUUUGCAGCCUCCUAGCAGGCUCCUGCAGAGCUGAUAGAGUCAGACUGAGGAAAUAAACGGAGAGAGAUUUAUUUGGUGGUGUAGAAUAGAGCUUGAUUGUUUAAGUGCCUCCCAAAGAGUCAACAAACUUAAGAGAGUUUAAGACCAGACUGGGACUAAAGACAGACUGGGAUUUAUAUUGAAAGUGUCAGAGAUGGAUUGUUGUAAUAUUCUUAUGAGAAUGGCUCAAGCUUAAUGGAUGUAUAUCGGGUCUGGGGGGAAGGGAAAAAAAAAAAAAAAAAAAAAAACGGGGCUCUGUGUGCUAUUUAAGAUGCAGCCUCUUUGCAAGGACCCACAGCGGUGCAUUUCCUCAAGAGGUUGAGUGUGUGCACUGUCAACACUGUUAUCUACUUUUGCUGUGUUGCAGAGCACCAGUGGACGCUAUCGAUAUGCAAUAAGUCCCAGCAUAGUCGUCCACAUUUGUAGAAAUUGCAAUAACAAAUGAAUGAACCCAGUUUAUCAACCAGAAAGGGCCAGGCCAUGCGGUUUAAAGGCCACGCAGUUAAGCUGUUCAUUAUGUUCCGUUUGCCUUUAUUUAGUCAAGUCUGUAAGGUAUUGAUGAUUGUUUAAAGAUGCUAACCAGGUCCCAAUUUUUCAUUACAAAUGAUACAUAUUGUAAUAAUGUUGUAAUACUGUACAAUCCCUGUUGGGAAGUGCUGUUUUUUUUUCGUGCACCUCUUUACAGCAAGGUCAGAGCACUGUCUAGGGUACAAGGCAGCAAUGGUACAUCUGCAGCAAGGUCACUGUCUUGCAUAAGGUCGCUAAAGCAAGGGGAAUUCUUGCAACAGUUCUGGGAAUGAUCUUCAGCCGUUUUUCACAUUGGGAAGUACAGUUAGCGAGCAGCGUUACAGAGACUCUGCUGCCUGUGCAGAUGUGCGACUGUCUCACCAUAUCUUUGCUGUUGAGAUUAACGUUGUUGCCGUUUCUGUAUUUUAAAUUGUUUUCAUUAAUUACAACAUACUGUAGAUUUCAAUUCCCAAGAGCCUCAGUGAGCACUUACUGGUGGGAGGGGGCUGAACUCCGGUUUCAUCUUGUUUAUUUGAAAUUGUGUCUCCAGACCACUGUGUGUAUUGUUUUUGAAAGGUUGUUCUAUGCAAUUAUUGUUGUUUGCAAGUAUUGUAUUGCUUUUUUUCUAGACACUCUGUACUUUAUGUUUGGUAUGGUCAUUCUUUUAUUAAAAAUUUAAUAUAAAAAGUA